ACGAAAAACAUUUAUGAGUCCUUAGAAUUAUUAUAAUUAAUUAAUUAUUUUUUAACUGUGAUGUUAGCCGCAAUUUAAUAAUAGCUUUAAUAUCUUCACUUUUGCUCACUAAAAUUUAUCAAGAAGUUAUAACGACUGCCCCUUCCCCCUGCACAAGGACACGGAACACAUUUAUCGCACGACAAAAUGCGAUGCGGUGUCAUCGACAUAUCUUUUUUUUCAUAAAAACUAGAAGUUUAUUGGUUUUUGCCGCGCGGUAAAAGAUUUCGCGUUCAAUGUAUAGGAGCCAUAAGUAUAUGUCGAUUUUCAGAAUAUUCGUGUGAAUUCAGUAUUACAGUGGACGCUGCGUCGUUUUGUAUGCUCCGAUAAGGGAUUGUGUGUGUCGAGGAGUGCUGAGGCAACUAGCUACUAAGAAUUCUUGCUAAUUACCGUGAUAACUGACAAUAAACAUUGUGUGCAGGUUUCUGCUGUGAUCGCGUGAAGAAUAUAUGUGAUCAUGCAUACCUCCCAAUAUGAACGAUCGUUUCCAAUGAUAUGUCUGUAAAAGAAGUUUGAGCACAUUGUAAUCAAAUUGCUCUCGACAGGAGCACUCUCCCGAGAUUUGCAAUCGUAUCGGCACAAAAAUAUCAAAGUGCAAUCAUGGCUAUGCACAGUGUUGCACCAAAGCGAAAAGAAAUCUACAAAUACGAAGCACCAUGGCCCUUAUACAGCAUGAACUGGUCAGUAAGGCCUGACAAGAGGUUUCGUUUGGCAUUGGGCAGCUUUGUGGAGGAAUACAAUAAUAAAGUGCAAAUUGUCUCAUUGGAUGAGGAGACUUCAGAGUUCAGUGCCAAGAGUACAUUUGAUCAUCCAUAUCCAACUACAAAGAUUAUGUGGAUACCUGAUAGUAAAGGUACCAGCUUAUUUUUGCACAUAUGAUUGAUUGUGUAAUAC